AUGGCAGACUUGAAGCCAGAGCCAGCACACAGUAGUCUUUGGUCGAACUACGGCGGUGGCCCUGUCUCUCUGUCCACACGAUUCCCGAACAGCAUGGAUUCGGGGGCGGCGACAACAACUUCUUCGCAACAUCCAGGACGGCCUCGGAGCAGCCAUCCCACUAUCGAUCAUCCAUACAACUAUCCACGCUACCCCCAGGAUGAAUCCGACGCAUUUGAUAGAUAUCCCCAGUCCUCACUAACACAGCACCACAGCUAUCCGAACUUGAAGCGGCCGCACCAUGGCAGUGAGUCGCAAACAGCACAGCAACAGCAACCACCUCCACACCCGCCGUACCAGGAGAUUGUCCAGGACUUGCGGGACGAUGGUUCAAAGCUGUCGGUGAACCAUGACCACAAGCUGUUGUCAUUUAGGCGAGUACAAGACAAGCACACUAUCGUGGACCAAGGGGGGCGCAUGCAGCAACUAGAGCUGUCUGCGCAGUUGCACGGCAUGUUCUUCCUGUCUGAAAUGCCCACAAACACGGGCGACGGCUCAAUGCUUCAACCAGAGUUAACAUGCUACCGGCGGAAUCUAUUCCAGAUCAGCGGGUCGCUCAUCACGCCACGCGGUCAGUUGUCUGUAAUUCUGGCUGAAACAGGCGAAACGGUUCCCGUAAACAACACCGAGGUCACCAUCUCUGCCAUCGAAUCUGUUGAUGGCCAUCCCGUGCGGCUUAUUGUAAUCCCUUGGAAAACACCGCCGCCAAAUUCACCAGAGCUGCCACAGACGCCGGACCAAGAACCUCCAUCACUUCCAUUGAUUCCGUUUCCAGACGAUGGACAGGAACCUGAGGGCGAGUAUGCCGUAUAUCCAAUCGGCUGGAGGCGCUUGCAAUUUCGAAUAGCAACGGCAAACAACGGGCGACGGAAAGAACUACAGCAGCAUUUCGUACUGCAUCUCAAGGUCAUGGGCUCCUUAGCCAAUGGGACUAAGGUAGCCCUGGCGGAGUCAACCACAGCACCUAUCGUAGUAAGGGGACGCAGCCCACGAAACUUCCAGGCGCGAAAGGAAAUCCCGCUUCUGGGGUCAAGCGCCGGUUCACGCGGCCAGGCGCUCGUUGAGACGGGUAUGGGCAUCGUAGCUGGACCUCUAGCAGUGAAGCCGCAGGACCCAAAGCUCAGGGGGCUCGGUAUUGAGCUGCCGAGGUCGGCUUUUACCUUUAAUGCCUCCAAGAUCCCCGGCAGCCCAAUGACUAUGAGGUCGAAUUCAUACCCGAGUUGGAACCCACCCAGCCAGCUUCCCAUGUCUGGGCUGCCAGCAUCAGCACCCGGUAACUAUUCAUCAAGCACCAUCCCGGCGGAUCCGUAUCAGAAAAUGCCGGUCUCUGCUGGGGCGACAGGCUAUUCUCAUGAGCCACCGGAGCUUCCAUUGCAAACGUCUAUGCCGUCGAUGCAGCUCUCCCUAGCGGCUACUGAUCAACCACCCCCUCCAAUCCGGACGCAAUACGCCUAUGUUCCGGGUACAUCAGCUCCAUCCCAAAUGUCUGUGCCCACACCAGCAUUGGGAAGUUCGAGCGGCGCGGACCACAAUGCUCUCAGCGUGCCACGCUAUGUGGACUCCAACCCUCGGCCAUCCAAGAGCCCGCGGCAUGGAAGCCACCAGUCAGUCCCGAGCACCAGCUCGCUAAACAACGACGCUACAUCUGAGUACCGAUAUGGCCCGCCGCAGGGGACAACAUACGAUAACGCGGCAUCAACAUAUGGUACCAGUGGUGCAGAAGCCACAAGUGGAGCGCCAACCGGUUCUGGCCCCGGUGUUGCACAUGCGCCGCCCCGCGAGUACUACCCAUCGACCUCGUCUUGGACAACGACGGCGGGUGAAACUAGCAGCUCAACGGUGCACGCGUACCAUAGUGGAACAGCCGCCAAUGAGAGUAGGCCGUACACAUACUCGGACCAGUAUAAGACCAGUCACUCGAUAUCAGUCAAGAAUGAGCACCCAAGUGCUCCAGGGACCUAUGCCCCGACUUUAAACAAUUACUCUUGGAGCCCAACGUAG